AAGGGUUGCAUUGUUUUUGUGGUAGCUCUUGCUGUUUCGGCAUCUUGCCCUCAGAAGACACAUGACAGACAAUUGCUACCGUUCUGAAUAUUCAUGCUUUCCACUUUCCAGAAAAGGCUAUAAAAUUGCUAUGCCAGACCACCAUGAUGGGCGUCGCAAGCUCGGAAAACGAGCCUCUGCCACUGCUGCUGCCUCGGGUGAUCAAGAGGGUCCAUUAGCUCCUUGUGGUGCUUGUAAGUUCCUAAGGAGGAAGUGUACUAAUGGGUGUAUUUUUGCACCUCAUUUUGGGUCUGAUCAAGGUGCAGCGCGUUUUGCUGCUGUUCAUAAGGUGUUUGGUGCUAGUAAUGUGUCUAAGCUGUUGCUUCAUAUUCCUAUGAAUCGGAGGCAGGAUGCUGUUGUUACUAUAUCGUAUGAGGCUCAAGCUCGGCUUUCUGACCCGGUGUAUGGUUGCGUCUCUACUAUCCUUGCCUUGCAGCAACAGGUAGCAACCUUACAAGCAGAGUUAGCAAUGGUACAGAGCCAAGUAAUCAACAGCCGAUUGGCAAUGGCAAACGCCCUUCAAACCUCGCAACAACAACUAGGCAAUGGAUACGAAGUAAUGCAUCUUCCUCAUAACCACCAUGUUCAUCAUCAGCCUGCCUACUCGAACAACUCGUCUGCUUCAAACAACCUUCUUAACAUGAAUACUAGUGCAACUACAACUGGCCAUGUUUCUUCUACUUAUAAUAAUGACUUUUCUGCAGUUGCUGAUGCUUCUACUGCUCCGUCUCCCCAUAGUCUUGACCUUCUACGACUGUCUAGGCCGUCGCAGGAUGAUGAUGAGGACGACGAACAGAUCAGCCGCAACCACAUUGCCUUCGCCAAUCACCUCAUCCAUCGAUUCAACAUCAUCUGAUUGGGAGUAUUAGCUCACAUUCUAUGUCCUAUCUUUGAUCAUUAAGCAUUUUUAAUAAUGUUUUAUUUUUGUUUUAUGUUAUAGUUCUCUUUAGUUCAUUAAGAUUUAUUUCAAGGGAUGACAUAAUUACCAAACAAGAGAUUUGAAUUAACAAAGUCAUGCUUUCAACGUUUA